GGCCAGCCACCCGAGGACCACCCAGUGCUGGUGGCGCUGGGGGCAGUGCGGCAGGCGACGGGAAUCACCAAGCCAUGGCUGAUGCGAGUCAUUGCUGCCCGGAUGGAGGACUUGGAGCGGGCGGCCUUCCCACCCAACACGAUCGCCGAUGUGGAACAGUACGCGGAUUCAACGUCCUCGGCGCUGCUCUACCUCUCCCUGCAGGCUGCUGGCAUCAACAGCGUGCAUGCUGAUCAUGCUGCCUCCCACGUUGGCAAGGCGGAGGGCAUGGCUCUUCUGCUGCGCGGCGCAUCGUACCACGCAGCACAGAGGCGAUCGCACAUUCCGCUAGAUGUCGCUGCAAAGCAUGGACUCGUGCAUGAGGAGCUGUUUCGAGGGCGGCAGCCGCCCAGCUUCAGGGAGUGCGUGUACGAUGUGGCAUGUGUGGCGCAAGCACAUCUGCAAAAGGCCAAAGCCUUGCAGUCCUCCUUGCCUCCUAUAGCUCGACAAUUACUCUUGCCAUCAGCUGUGGGUGCAAAUCUUUUCCUUCACAACCUGCAGCGCCACCACUUCGAUGCAAUGGACCCAUCACUUCUUCGAGGAGUGUCAGCUUCGUUUUCCCGAUUGGAGUACCUACCGCUGCUUCUCCUCCUUGUCGCGAUUGUCGCAGCCCCGACAAACGCACUCCGCAAACCCCGUCGCCUCAUGCGGGGCCUGCAAGCCAUUCGCGCCGCGCUUCCUCUUGAAUUGACGGCCACCGUGACAUCGGGUUCCCCGAAGCUCGGAGUGACGACGUGGCGCCCUGCGAUUCGCCGGCUGAUCACAGCGAUUGGAUUAGCGUCGGCCAAGUCACCCGCAGUUUCCAAGCAGAACCCCGGCGCUAACGUGGCAAUCGGCGGCGAAAACCUAACCGUCACCCAGAAGCAGGCCGUUGCGAAGCAGGAGAGCGCGGCGUCGAACGUCCAACGGUCACCGCCCAACACGGUCACCUCCGAACUCCAAGCCAAGAAAGACAAAGACAACACGCAAGGGACCUCCGUUGAGAACAGCAAUGACCACGAGAAAGGCGGCCGCGGCAGCGGCGGCGGCUGCUCCGGUAACAGCGACUUCGAUUCUGAUUUGGCGCCUCCCUCGCUCGCCUCCCCGUGCCCGCACCCUUCCCCCAACGGGGGCGAAUCCGCCGAUCGUGGCCGGAGCCGCCUGUCGCCGCUACCCAUCGCAUGCCCCGCGCGCCCCGCCAUGUGCGACUUCUUCUUUGACGGCCUGACGGACGAGAUACCGGUCAUCCGUCUGUCCGCCGAUUCCUUUUUCGCUGGCCGGCCGAUUCCCAUCGGACCGUCUCCCAUCGUCGCCAUGGCUGGCGGAGCUUUCGUGGAUGUUUCGCGCGUUGAGGGGAACUACUCCCGCGCCGUGUGUCUGGGCGAGCCAGCGGAGAAUCCGGCGCCAGUCACGGCGACAGACACGUGGCAGGGGAAGACCACGGACGUUUCGAAGAAGCUUCUGCAGGACCAGCUGAUCCUGCCAGAAAGGCUGUUUCAGCUGCGCGGGAACGGAGAACUGAUGUACAACGGCGCUGACGUGGCAGACUGGGACGACGACGACAUCUGGCUGGCGGCGGCUAAAAGUCCCGACGGCGUUACCGUCAGCGUGCAAAUCGACGAAGCCACAGUGAACCUGUUCGGGGUCAAUAUCGAGCUUAAUAUUACCGAGGAUGGAUCCGCCACGUCGGAGAACCGCGAGGUUCCCGGCGCCGAGGCGCAGAUGGCUCUGCUCGAGGCGUCCUCGUUAUUAACAGACCCAUCGUCUUUCAUGCACGAUGCAGAACCCCCGUCAGCCUCGCCGCCAUCCCCAUCCGCAGCAGCGGCAGCGGCGGCAAAGGAAGCAAAGAACGGGAUUGAUCGCAAGAAGCUGUUGGAGUGGCCUGAGCGGGAGGCGGCUUCCGCCAGGCGCCUGGCGGAGGCGGAAGGCGCGAGCGCGAAGGGCGCGGCGACGCAGUGGCAGGAGAUGAUGCUGAAUGCUGGAGUCGCGGCAAUCCCUGAGGCAGGGCGCCCGGCCCUCCCCCUCGUGGCGACUAUUGUGAUGCCAGAGGAUAGUGACUCCUCCCCUGCUGCCGCUGGCGCUAAGGAUUCUGCUCCUGCUGUUUCUGGGGAAGGGGGAGACGCAGGGAGAGUGGAAUCGGAGGAGAAGCGCAACUGGUUGAAUCAGCCGACCAGCGGUGCUGUGGAGGGGAAAGUACACCGGAAUCUCGACCCAGCUCUCCACCCACUUGAGAAAGCGAAGGAGUAUCAGCGAGCGCUCAACGCAGUGAAGCUCGAUAAGGUGUUCGCCAAGCCGUUCAUGGGCGCGCUAGGCAGCCACGCGGACGGCGUCUCCGCCAUGGCGAGAAGCCCCGUCAGACUCAACUGCGUCGUUUCCGCCUCCAUGGACGGAGAUGUACGCCUAUGGGACGUCCCUUACAAGCGCACGCUGUGCCGGUUUGUGGGGCACAGCAGGGCGGUGAGGGGUGUGGCCAUAUCAGCAGAUGGGGAGACAAUGCUGUCAUGCGGCGAUGACUGCACCGUGCGCCUAUGGCAGCUACCAGCGCCGGAGAUCAAGGAGUUGGGGGUGGCAGGGGGGGACGUGGAGCAUGAGGCUGUUGCCACCUUCCAAGGGAAAAACGCCUUCAGAGCAGUGGACCAUAAGUGGAAGGGGCGAGUUUUUGCCACAGCAGGCGCGCAGGUGGACGUGUGGGAGCACAGUCGCUCGGACCCCAUAUGUACAUUCACAUGGGGCGUGGACUCUGUCUACUCUGUUCGCUUCAACCCCGCCGAACCGGACGUUUUCGCCACCACUGGCAGGUGGGGGAAGGAAGGGGAGACGCUGGGUGAGGGGAGGGAGGGGGCGGUGGCAGGGUUUGGGGGUGAGGCUGAGGUGGGGGAUGAGGUGGGGGGUGAGGUGGGGGGUGAGGCUGAGGUGGGGGAUGAGGCUGAGACCAAGACCAACUCGCUGGCGUGGAAUCCACGGGAGCCUCUCAACUUCACUGUGGGGAAUGAGAACGGCAGCUGCUACUCAUAUGACAUGCGCAACCUCAGCACUGCUUCACUCGUACACAAAGACCACGUCUCCACCGUCAUGGACAUUGACUACUCGCCAACAGGAAGGGAGUUCGUGACAGGGUCUUAUGAUAGAACGGUGCGGAUAUUCCCGUAUGAUGGCAUCAAGAGCCGAGAGGUCUACCACACCAAGCGCAUGCAACGGGUGUUCUGUGUGCGGUUCAGCGGCGACGGCUCAUACGUACUGUCAGGCAGUGACGAUGCCAACAUCCGCCUCUGGAAAGCACAGGCCUCGCAGCAGCUCGGUGUGCAGGUGAGCUGCCAUGGGUUCAGUGGCGACGGCUCGUACGUGCUGUCAGGCAGUGACGAUGCCAACAUCCGCCUCUGGAAAGCACAGGCCUCACAGCAGCUGGGCGUGCAGCAGGUGAAGCGGGAGAAGAGCAAGGUGAAGUACAAUGCAGCGCUGGUGGAGAGGCACCUACACACCCUUUCACUGCCGCUUCAUCCCACCAUCCCACCAUCCCUUAGCCGCUGUGCAUGUGCCGCACCGAAUUGCAGGCACCGGCACGUGCCACAGCCGAUUCACAACGCCAUCAAGCUGCGGGCCACGAUGGUGGCGGCAGAGAAGCGCAAGGAGGAGAACCGGCAGCGGUUCAAGAAGAAGAGCAAGGGCGUUAAACCUCCCCCCGCUGUGUGUGAAGCAGGGGAGGCAGGCAGAGCGGUGGUGGCGACGAGGCAAAUAGCAGAGGGGGAAGUGGUGCUGGCAACUGCUCCUGUUGUGUCACACCCCGCACUGCAACACGUUGGGAAGGUGUGCUACUUGUGUCUUGGGCCGCUGGCAGCAAAGCAAGAGCACCACACACAUAGCGAUGGAGGGGGGAGGGGGGAUGAGCAAGGUGACUAUAACGAGCGGCUGUUCUGCAGUAAAGCGUGUGCUGAUGUGGCAUGGCAUGACUUCUAUGCCGUGGAGAGCACAGCUGAUUGGUCCGACCUGCAUCAGCACUGCAGGACCAACUCGCUCCGCUUCCCUCUGGUGGCCAAGCGCCUAGCCUGCAUGGUGCUGGCAGGAACUGCGUCUGCCAAUGUGCUCCAGCCGCUGUGCCAUGUGGCUGAGACUGGCAACAGUGCUGCCAUCCCUGCUGUGUGGCAGCAAGAGCAUGCAUACAUCUACUCUGCGCUCUCCUCUCUCCUCACAACAGCACAGGCAGCAGGGCAGGGCACAGUCCGCUCCCUUUCAUUCUUCACCGCUCACUGGUACGCCUCUCUCCUAGCGCGCCUGCAUCUCAACGCCUUCCGCCUCGCGCCGCUCCUCUCUGUCACCACCACUGCAGCAGCGGCUGACCACUCUCUCUUCGACUCAACCAUGCCAGACGGCAUCUCGCUCUCCUCGGCUGCACUCUUUCGAGCAGCGAGUGCAGCAGUGACGGGCGACGAGGCGGUCGGUACGGGGGUGUACCUCCUUCCUUCCUUCUUCAACCAUGACUGCGACCCCGAUCUGGACAUCUCAUGGCCCACUGACGCUACAGCCGUGCUCCGAGCCAGACGGGAUAUCGAAGCUGGUGAGGCUGUGCUGUAUGGAUUCCUCAUCUGUUGA